CCUUUUUAUCUUUCGAACUCCGCGGCGCAGAUCCGAGGAGUUUGGGCAAACCCUAAACACCACCUUCUUCCUUCUUCUUCUUCUUCGCCUCCUCCUCCUCUCUCUCCCUCGAUCUCGACUUCGUCUUCAACCACCAGUAUGGCAGGACUGGCACCAGAAGGUUCGCAAUUUGAUCCACGUCAGUAUGACGCAAAGAUGAGUGAAUUGUCUGGUGAUGGAGGAGAUUUCUUCACCUCGUAUGAUGAAGUUUAUGAUAGUUUUGAUGCAAUGGGUUUGCAGGAAAACCUUUUGAGAGGCAUUUAUGCUUAUGGUUUUGAGAAGCCUUCUGCAAUCCAGCAAAGAGGAAUUGUUCCUUUCUGCAAGGGUCUUGAUGUGAUUCAGCAGGCUCAAUCUGGAACUGGGAAGACAGCAACUUUCUGCUCGGGAAUCCUGCAGCAACUUGACUAUGGUCUAGUCCAGUGCCAGGCCUUGGUCUUGGCACCAACCAGGGAACUGGCACAACAAAUUGAAAAGGUUAUGCGGGCCCUUGGUGAUUAUCUCGGUGUGAAGGUUCAUGCUUGUGUGGGUGGAACAAGCGUUCGCGAAGAUCAACGCAUUCUUCAAAGUGGUGUUCAUGUUGUUGUUGGCACCCCUGGUCGUGUUUUUGACAUGUUGCGAAGGCAAUCCUUGCGUCCGGACUACAUCAAAAUGUUUGUGUUGGAUGAGGCUGACGAGAUGCUUUCACGAGGUUUCAAGGAUCAGAUCUAUGACAUUUUCCAGCUCCUGCCAUCUAAGAUACAGGUCGGAGUGUUCUCGGCUACUAUGCCGCCAGAAGCUCUCGAGAUCACAAGGAAGUUUAUGAAUAAACCUGUUAGGAUUUUGGUUAAGCGUGAUGAGCUCACCCUCGAGGGUAUCAAGCAGUUCCAUGUCAAUGUUGACAAAGAAGAAUGGAAGCUUGAAACUCUGUGUGAUCUCUAUGAAACCUUGGCCAUCACCCAAAGUGUUAUCUUUGUGAACACGAGGCGGAAGGUUGACUGGCUUACUGAUAAGAUGCGAAGCCGAGACCAUACAGUCUCUGCAACUCAUGGUGACAUGGACCAGAACACCAGGGAUAUUAUUAUGCGUGAAUUCCGGUCUGGAUCUUCUAGGGUUCUUAUCACCACUGACCUCCUGGCUCGUGGUAUUGAUGUGCAGCAGGUCUCGCUUGUUAUAAACUAUGAUUUGCCGACUCAACCGGAAAAUUACCUCCAUCGUAUAGGACGAAGUGGCCGUUUUGGAAGAAAGGGUGUGGCAAUUAAUUUUGUGACCAAAGAUGAUGAGAGAAUGCUAUUUGAUAUUCAGAAAUUUUACAAUGUGGUGAUCGAGGAGCUACCAUCCAAUGUUGCUGAUCUUCUUUGAUGAGUUUUUGUCACUGGUCGAGGCAGAGGGCUUUUUCUUAUUCUCGAGGUAUCGACAGUAUUCUGUUUUGGUUCCUCAAAAAGUAGUUUCUUAAGUUAUUGAUAUCCGAACGGAUCUGACGAUUAAAUCAUAAUGGUUAUGGUGCAAUUGCAAUACUGCUUCAAGUUUUGUUGUGGGGAGGGUUUUGUAUUAUGUUUGUCGUUCAAGAUUAUGGACAAAAUCAUUAGUUGGUCUAAGCAUGGUCUUUUCAUUC